UUUGGAUGGGGGAGGGCGGGAGAACGGUUAGGCUCCGGCUCCUCCGCUCCCAGCAGCGCGUCCUCCUUUCGGCAGUCGCUGUUGCUCGGCAGACGCAGGGGGCUCUGGGCACUACCAGCUGUAUUAAGAGAUUCGCAGUGGGUUUUCUCCGGGCCCCGGAACACUCCCGCCCGCCAAGAGCUGCCUGCGGGGUUAUAAGGCAGAAGCCCCUAAACGCAAGGUUGCGGUCCUUCCGCCUCCUCGCGCUCGCGGCUUAGGGUCAGUUUCCGCGACUCUUCAGAGUCUGAGUGGGCGCCUGUGCUGGGGUCCCGCCCCAAGAAAGGAGAGGGACCGCACGGAACACGUCACCGCGCUUACCAGACCGAACAGGCACUUUGCACGGGCCAGCUGCGCGUCGGUCUGGAGACAGCGCGCCCUGGCCCCAGCCCAGGCAGCUGUGGCGAAGGCGGCGGCAGCAGGGGCCCCGGGGCCGGCGCUGCAGACGGGAUGGAAGAACCGGGGCGAAACGCGUCCCAGAACGGGACCUUGAGCGAGGGCCAGGGCAGCGCUAUCCUCAUCUCUUUCAUCUACUCCGUGGUGUGCCUGGUGGGGCUCUGUGGGAACUCCAUGGUCAUCUAUGUGAUCCUGCGCUACGCCAAGAUGAAGACGGCCACCAACAUCUACAUCCUCAACCUGGCCAUCGCCGAUGAGCUGCUCAUGCUCAGCGUGCCCUUCCUGGUCACCUCCACAUUGCUUCGCCACUGGCCCUUCGGCGCGCUACUCUGCCGCCUCGUGCUCAGCGUGGACGCAGUCAACAUGUUCACCAGCAUCUACUGUCUGACUGUGCUUAGCGUGGACCGCUACGUGGCCGUGGUGCACCCCAUCAAGGCCGCACGCUACCGCCGGCCCACCGUGGCCAAGGUGGUGAAUCUGGGCGUGUGGGUGCUGUCGCUGCUCGUCAUUCUGCCCAUCGUGGUCUUCUCGCGCACGGCGGCCAACAGCGACGGCACGGUGGCCUGCAACAUGCUCAUGCCCGAGCCCGCCCAGCGCUGGCUGGUGGGCUUCGUGUUGUACACUUUCCUCAUGGGCUUCCUGCUGCCCGUAGGGGCCAUCUGCUUGUGCUACGUGCUCAUCAUCGCCAAAAUGCGCAUGGUGGCUCUCAAGGCCGGCUGGCAGCAGCGCAAGCGCUCGGAGCGCAAGAUCACCCUGAUGGUGAUGAUGGUGGUGAUGGUGUUUGUCAUCUGCUGGAUGCCUUUCUAUGUGGUGCAGCUAGUCAACGUGUUCGCGGAGCAGGACGACGCCACGGUGAGCCAGCUGUCGGUCAUCCUCGGUUACGCCAAUAGCUGCGCCAACCCCAUCCUCUACGGCUUCCUUUCAGACAACUUCAAGCGCUCUUUCCAGCGCAUCCUUUGCCUCAGCUGGAUGGACAACGCCGCCGAGGAGCCGGUCGACUACUACGCCACGGCCCUCAAGAGCCGCGCUUACAGCGUGGAGGACUUCCAGCCCGAAAACCUGGAGUCCGGCGGCGUCUUCCGUAAUGGCACCUGCACGUCCAGGAUCACGACCCUCUGAGCCCCGGGUCCGAGCCGGGGGGCCUUGAGCCCAGAGAAGGGGAGGAUGAGGAGAAAGGGAGGCCAGAUGCGAGAGGCGAAAGGACCCCAGGCGUCGGGGUGCGAGAAUAAAAGUGGGGCCUUUGGGCCCACUGUGCGCUUCGGGUGGAAGACCCGGGAAAGGCGCGAGACAACGUGGACCCGGAGCUUUGUUUAUAAGCUGGAAGACUAGCGGGCCCCUCUUCCGCUUCUUCCUCCCCUGCGCUUGUAUUUUUGCAUCCCUCUAUGCUCCCCCCGCCCAAGGCAAUUUCGGUCUUUCUUUCCGCCAGGUCCUGCAGGUGCAGGUGGUGAACUUAGAAACGUCUCCAACUCGGCCCGACUCUCAGCCCCGCCAGCCGUUGUUUCUGUUUAAGCUGAGCCACGGUUACCGCCACAGGUUUCCCUCGGGAAAACCCAGCUCGCCCUCAGCCGCGCCCUGCGGCGCCCCUCGCUCGCCAGGUUUCUGCCUGAUGCCCCUAGCGGAGUCUGGCGAACCCUCGCUCUCCCUCUCCGCAGCCCUCUUUUCAGGGAACUCGGACUGGAGAAGGAUCUAGGCAGCGGGUCUUUCCUCUCACUCUCGAGUGAAGGAAGGUGCGCGCAUCCCAUCCCCAAACCUACCCCCGACUCCCCAUCCACCCAGAGCGGAGCCAGGUGCUUAGUAAAAUCGGUCCCGCGCUUCGAACCCCAGGCAUUCUGCGAUCCUAUCCAGACCCCCUCUUUGGAGCAAAAAGGAGCUGAGAACAAGUGACUAGGGGUUUUAAAAAAGAUUCCGGGGUUUGAUGGGGGAGGAAGGCUUUAAUGGAAGUCACCCUCCCGCCUGGUUCACAAAGGGCGCUUUUGGUUUCAAAGACCAAGCGCAGGGGGACUUCCGGGGCCAGGCGGGACAGGGUGCGCUUGCCUCGGGGGACGCCCGGGAGCGUGGGGGCAGCUCCACUCGGCCUUCUCCCUCACCCUAGCUCCUGGAGGUGCCCAUCCAAGAGUCGCAACAGGCACCGGGCGGAGACCUCGGGUGAUGCCUUCCCAGUCUCGGCCCAUCCCGACCGUGUCACCGCCACCUACAGGCUAGACGGUGCGGCCUGCCCGACCCCUGAGGGCUGCUGCCUUUCAAGCGGUGCCUAAUAAGUUAUUCUCUUGCUUAACAUAUUUAUUUAUUUAUUUAUUUGUGGUGUUUGAAAACUGUGGUCUCUGCUUUCCUUUUCUCUACUUGCCCUAGCCCAGGGCCUUUUCUUCAGGAUAUUGGCGGUGGGGCCGGCCCGGAGGUGGCAGGGGACCCCCAAGGUCCCCUCAAAACCUCUCCUUUUUGCUAGGCCCUCUUCUCUGAUUCUUUCCUCUAGCCUUUCUGUUUUGGCUUGUCGUCAGUGAAGUUUGCAGAGUUGUUCCUACUUUUCUUAUGUAGUCUCUUGUUUUAAAUAAUGUGGUUUAGCCUCCUCCCACGCAGAGUGGAAAGUCUCAGCUUUCAACAUCGCCCUACAUAUGAUUUGAAUAUAUGUAUAUAUAUGUAUAUAUAUACAUAUAUUCAAAUCAAAAUAGACUCACAUACUAGAUACAUUUAUCUUGCUCCCUUGUCAUAAGUCCAUGAAGCAGUUGCCAAACACAGUCACUAACAGUGACAGGUGUGAGACUGGCUAGAAUACUUUUAGAUAUGAGGGUUCAAAUAUCCUCCCCUCAAACUUGGAACUCCACAGCCUGAUUCAGACAGACUUUAGCAGGCACUGAGGAUGUCCUUGCUUAUGUACCUGCUGCUUCUAGGUUCACAGCAUAGGUGAUUCUAACAUACAAUCUAGGUAAUACUGGCACUUCUUUUGAAGACAUUGAAAGUAAAUUAAUUUGUGUUUGUGUUUUAUCUGACCAACUUCAUUGGAAGCCUGAGCAGGGCAAAGACCAAUAAUUUUACUUCUUUGUAUUACCUGGGUUGCUUUAGAUUGCUGGCUUCUACAUAGUAGGCAUUAAAUACAUGUUUGUGACUGUUUCAGUAAACCAGAGUGUAUUACAACACUCAGGAGUUCUCAACAUCUGGGGUUCUCAGGUUCCUUCAUCAACAUGAUACACAAUGGUUGAAAAUCACUAUGGAAAGACGUUUUGUGUAUAUUUGCUUCAAGAACAUUGUGCUUUCCUGAAAGCAGUAACCAGGAGUUACAAUGUCCUUUAAAGUUUUAUUUAAUGAACAAAUAUGCUUUUGGUCAUAAAUUUGAAAGUUUAGAUCUGUCAUUUAAAAAUCAUGCAUAUUAUUACUCCUUUGGAAAAUAGAUUUUUAAUAGUUAAGGACAGUGAAAUUUACAAAUAAACGUCUUGAUCAUUAUCCUCUUCCGAGGACACAAAUCUAGUGCUCUUAACCUGUUUCCAUUGUAAUAUUAACUAAAUAAACAAAUGUAUUAUGUUGUUGCAA